AUGCUAGUGCACAGCACUGGCUUCUUCCAUGCCUUUAGAUAUGGUCUAACGUUGCUCUGCUGGCUCACUUCUUUGCCUUGGACGGCCGCAGGGGCAUUUGACUGCCCAAAGCAGAGCGUGGAGGGCGAGGUAGGCUUUGAAGUUCAACUACUGCAGACGAAAAGCAGCUUGGAAUCUCGUCUUGAUCGUGCCGGAGAUCAUGCCUGCUCGGCUGGGUACGGGCCAGGUAUGCAUGUGGUACAGCUACCGAGCAUUGAGAGACAAUUUCUCUUCCUCGUGCCCCCUGAGCUCGUCCAGAGCAGCUCUGGGGUCCCUCUCGUGAUGUCCUUCCAUGGCACUUUCGAGUCUCCAUGGUUCCACGAAAAGGAGGUUGGCUACAUGGAUGUGCUGUCACGCCACGGCUGGUUGGGAAUUCUGCCCUGGGGGACACGACUGAAAAGUUCGUCGGCCAUGGGUGGAGUGAGGGAGUGCUGCUCCAAGUGGUGCGAUUCCGAAGAGUGCUGCAUGCAGGGUGGUUUCGUUUCGGCCAAGGCCGACGCUUGUAGUUGGUGGUGGCCAGAGACGCAGGUCACCCUAGUCGACACAAUUUUGAAGUGGGUGGAGGAGCACACCUGUGUGGACCGGACGAAGGUCUUUGCAGCCGGCUUCAGCCUGGGGGGCAGCUUAGACUGGUACUUGGCAUGCCACCGCAGCCAGUAUUUCCGUGCUGUUGCACCCAUUGAGCCAGUUCUUUACAUGGAUGAGACCUGCACAGAGCCUUCCGUGAGGCCAGUCUCCAUCCUGAGCUAUGGUGGAACGCAAGACCCCAACGUCAACAUCGACAAGCUUGCCCGCAUGACGGAGAAGCGUGCCCAGGCCUGUGGAUGCGACGGGAAAGUUGUAGAGCAGCUAUCCGCCACCGUGAACUGUACAAUCUGGUCGCAGUGCAGUGGUGAACAUCUUUUCGAGUUCUGCGUCGUAGAUGGCAUGGCCCACAAUAUCCCUGGACAUCUAAAGCCGGACCAGACGACUUUCAUCCGUGCAGGGUCUGACGUUGACUGGACGAAGCGCACAUUUGAGCGUUUCUCGCUACUAGCCCUUCCGGUCAGUCAGCCGGCAAGGUCAGCGGCGGCACAUCCGAGAGACGAGGAGAUGUUGCCAGUCUGGGUCGACAGAGGAUUUCCGGAUUUUGCAGGAAUCCGGCAAGGGCCACCAGCCCUACGCCACACAGGCCUUGGGUCAGCACCGAGUUGGCCAGAAAAGGCCGAAGAUGCUUGGCGGGAACGACACUGGAUCGAGCCGGUAGCUUCACAAGUACAUCGCCCCGUGCGAGAAGUAGGUGUGAGAGAGGCGAAUUCAAGCCCCUUGCCCCAGGCCAAUCAACGAAUCAAGGCAGUACCGGAGCUCCCUGUGGCUGAAAACAUCGACAGAGACGUUUUCCUGGCAAUGGGCUACAAGGCCCCGCAGCCUCGCGACGUCGCCCUGCCGUAUGACAGGCAGAUGUCGGUACCUUUGGGAGCAGGGCCCCCCACGCCAGCAACAGCGCUGCCUGAACGCGGUGCAGGCAUGCAGCCGCAGCUUUCGGAGCCCAAGGAGUUCGGUGCUGGCGUCUUCCAAGCACCGGCGAGGCAUGCGCAGCCUGUGCAGCAGACCUCGUCUCCUCUGCCGCGGCGGAGCGAUGUACCACAAAUGCCGACCAGAGGUUGCGAAUGGCUGGAGCCUGUGACCACGGGCGCGGGAGCCGAACCCGCCUUACAGGCGGUGCAGAGCACAUCGCCAAGGCCUCCGCCCUACCUUGGUCCUGGCCUGCCUGGCCAGGCAUUGCUGGGGGAGGAACCGCGCGAAUUUGAUCCGGAUGUUUUGUGGGCGAAGUGA